UUAUUAUUAUUAUCAUUUAACCAUUGGGUUCCUAGUGGAACAUAGGACUUCAGUAACACGUCUCCACUUCACUCUCUUCUCGCCACUCUUUUCAACCUGCCUCCAACACUGAUCACAAACUUUCAUUUCUUCCUCACACAUUCUCCUCCAGGUCACCCUCAGAUACACGACUCAUCGUUUCCCUUGCGGCUUUCACUGGACGGUCUCGCCUGGUACGUGAUGUUUCAAAAUGGUCUUCUCAGCGUAUACCCAAUCCAAUCCAAUCCAAUCCAGUCCAGUCCAUCUCCACUUUCUUCCUCUGCAUAUUUGUUGGGUGAUGGCUUCUUGAUUGACUGGUUGCCCGAUCAGACUUCCUUGUUGUUUAUUCUUUCCGGUCUUCUGAUCUCAUCUUCAGUAUCGAGUGUGGGUGAGAUUUGUUGGUGUACGUCUGUGGUUUGUUGGAAAUGCUUUUCGUCAGGUGGUGAGUCUCUCAACCAUCACAUAGAAGCACUGACUGACUUGACUUACAUUAGUGUUGAGAAUCCGGAUGUGCUUCGAUCUCUAUUCUGAGUACAGUGCAGUGCAGUGCAGUGCAGUAGAUCUCCACACUGGUUUCAGGCGAAUGAAGACCUGUCUUGCUUUUCGGAUGCUGGCUUUGACGUCCUCAUCUGUGCCACCUGUACUUGAAACGAUGCUGCUUAGGUAGAUAGGUAGGUGAAAGAGACAACUUCCUUUACGUUUUUCCCGUUGAUGGUGAUUGGGACUUGUUGUUGUUGUUGGGUAUCUUCAUCACCUCUGUUUUCUCUAUGUUCACUUGAAGUCCCGUUUUCACUGGCCUGCCUCUUCUGUCAACUUGUUAGUUUUCGCCUGUAGAUCUUCAAGUUUGUGUGACAUUAGACACAAG